GUAAGAUCCAUCUAUAGCUAAGGCGUAAUUGGUGACUCCCUGUUUGUUUCUUCUCGGCCUUUGUUAUAAGUGGCGGCUCACGUGAAAGCAGAGUAUAUAAUCGUCAGCAAGAUCGAUACGUGUCAAGUCACUUUCCAAUUGCUCAUCAACCUUUCCACCCAACCAUCAACCUUUCAAUAACCGCCCCUCUUCCUUCUCACCCUCGGCGGCCCUCCCUGCCAACCACUGCUUCCCUCGAGUGGGAAAGGAUAUGCAAGUGCUUCUGCAGCUUGCUGGUUGCCAUCAUGCUGCCUUGCGCGGAGGGCGGACGAAUUCUCGUCUCCACCGGGAUGCUGAUGUGAGAUGGGUGGGAGAGAGGACGCCUUGCAAGGCAGUGGGUGCUGAUGGUCAUGGUCAGAUAUAGACAUCAGUGCGCACACAGAUGCGAAGCCGAUCAGCAGCACCAGGAGCUUCUUGGCUUUGAGAGAGAGCGAUGACAGGGAGGAAGAGAUGGGGGCGUUCAGCUCGUGGACUAAUAGAUCCCACACGCCUAUGUACAGGAAGCUGCCCGCUGACACGGCAGUCAGCACACCUGUGAGAAGAAAAGUGACACACCCGUCCAUGAGCUUGCCCUCUUUCGUCGCAUUUUACCUUCUGCCGUGAGGGCAGCUGUCGUUGCGCACAUCACGAUCCCGCCCACCAACAUGGCCAUAGGUGUCAUCAACGCAAACAAAGAUAUUAGAACGACUAAACGACGGACGGACACGCCACUCUGAAGGACACGAGGAGACAGUGAGAGAGUCAAGGGCACAGCGGAACCACCUCUUCUUGUUUGCAUGGCCUUGCAUACCUGCAGCAUGGCCGACCCUAAUGCGAACGCCUCCAGUCCCUUGUGGAUGAGCAGUCCAACCAGCAUGUCAGCCAGCCCUCCCCGGCUUCGAACCGCGAGCCCGAUACCCUCCAUUGCCGAGUGAAAGGCCAAGGCAACAAACAUAAUGAAAGCAGCGGCCCCGCCUUUCCCCGAGCCAACAUUCAGCAGAACAUCAGCUCCUUGGACGCAAACGAUGCAGCCUGGUGUCCCACAGAUGUACUGUGGGCUGGGGACCGUCGCACUGCCGGAGCUCUGGCCGGCGACAGACGGCGGCAGGGGCCGUGGCUUCUCCUCAAUGACCUCAUACACAUCGCCUCUGGUCAUUUUGGAUGCGGCUGAACGCAGAUGUACGAGUGUGGGUGCUGACAGCCUCUUUAGCAGAUAGGGGUCAACAAGGGCAGGGAGUAGGAUAGGGUCGGGGGGAGGUACAACAGGGUCAGAGGAUGAGGGCGUAUCUGUAGACAGAAGAGUGGUAGUGGUACACGUGCCGUCUCAGUCAUAUGACUUGAAAUCAGUCACCUUUGAGGGAUUUGUGCCUCUGCACGAGGUCAGCUGUUUGCUCGACCAGCAGUAGCAUAAGGAAGCCCGCGCACAUGAGAAAAUUUGCUAGCGGGAAGGGCUCGUGCAUGCCUGAAUGACAGCAACCAACACUUUGCAUGCCAUGCACAUGAUGAAUGUGCAUCAUUCGUCGUGACUGGCCUACCCAAGUAUUCGCCCAUCGUGCUGGCAGCGGGCUCCAACAGUUCUUGGCUGCCGAGGGGAGAAAGCACGCAUGAGCGGUGUUUUCUAUCAACUCAGACACUCACCUAUCGGCCAACAGAUGAACACAGCCCGUCGCGAGGAGCACUCCCGCUGCAUGUGCGCAGACACAUCAGAAAAGGACACAGCAGAGCAUGCCAUGCAGGCCGCGUUUGGCGCUGCCUCUGCGAGUUGAUUGCUUAACCUGCCAGCACAUUGGAGAGCGACACGAAUGCAGGGCUGAUCUCGCUCACUGCGAGAGGGAGGAGGCCGCCGCCCAACGCGAGUAGGAGAAGAACGAGGGCGGCGAUGCACUUGACCACCAACGCCUCCAUUUCCCCUCACGUUUGUG